AUGGAUGGGCACGGAGAGUUGGUGACCUUGGAGGAGGGAUGGACAAAACUGCGUCUCCAGGGGAUUGAAAAGGUUCAGCGGUUUUUGGAGCAGAGGCCUGAACGAGGCCAUGCGAGCAAACGAGUAUGUGUCGUGUCAAACGAAGACUAUGCAGCCAUAUACACGAUGGUCUACACGAUGUGUACACAGCGGUCACCGUACAAUUUCUCGCAGGACCUCUAUCAACUUUACGGAGAUUCAAUUGUUCGCUAUGUGCACUCCACGGUCCUGCCGUCCCUGGAGAAUCGGAGAGGCUCAGAUCUGCUGGAGGAGCUGCUGUGUCGGUGGGAGAACCACCGUACCUUGGUAAAGUGGCUUCAAAAAUUCUUUGCAUAUCUAGAUCGCUACUAUGUCAAGAUGUACAUGGAGGCUCCCCUGGUCAAGAGGGGCAUUGCGAUUUUCAAAGAUCAUGUCUUUGAAAGGGUCAAGCAACCUGUUUCCGCCGCCAUCGAAGAUGCGAUUCGUCGACAGCGUGAAGGGGAGUCGCUGGAUGAGGAGAGUGUGGCGCAGCUAGUGUGUAUGUAUAUUGGCCUUGACCCUGAAGAUGAAGGGCUGGGCCUCUACCAGCGUGAGCUAGAGGACCUGCUUCUAGCUUCCACUAAACAGUUCUAUGACCGCAAAGCCAGAGAGUGGAUUGCAAGUAGCACCUUCUCCGAAUACCUGCUACUUGCGGAGGCGGCGCUUGAGGCUGAAGCGCGCAGAUGUGAGAGGUACUUGCACAGCAGCAGUAGCAGUAAGCUGCUGGGAGUCGUUGUCAAAAGCACUCUACAGCAACAUCAACAGGAACUACUAGAGAAAGAUACGGCGAUUCCCUUCCUUCUGGCUGGGGAGGGACGAGCGGAGUUACGGAUGGCCCACAGAUUAUUUGCCUUAGUGGAUGGAGCGGUUGAAGACCUAGCGAAGCAGUUCAAGGUGUACAUUUCGGCCUGUGGAGACAAGCUAGUGCAGCAGCGAGUUGCCGCGAUGAAAGAGACACAACAGAUGAGGGCGCAGGGUUCGGCCAGCAGCAGCAGCAACGCUGCAUUGACACAGCAACAACAGAGGCAACAGGAUAUCAUCGCUGAGCACCGAUUUGUGGAGAGCGUGUUGGAUUUGCACGACCGAUUCAAAAGUAUCACACUGGAUUGCUUUCGAGCUCAGCAGCGUAUUGCGCAUGAUGCUUUGGGCUCUUCAGCACGACCUACGCCUCAGGCUGACUCGCUAUUCCAGAAGGCACUAAAAGAAGCGUUUGAAAGCUUCGUCAACGCGCAAUCUCUACAGCCCCCUUUUGCACAACUGCUGGCGUCGUUUUGUGACCGCAUUUUGAGGAAGGCUGGGGGCGAGAGAAUGGGUGACGAUGAAAUCGAAGAGUGCCUCAUGAAAGUUGUUGAAAUUUUCAACUACGUAACGGACAAAGACCUUUUUGCUGAGCAAUACAGAACGCAGUUGGGUCGUCGGCUGUUGCAUGAGACCUCUGCAUCACUCGAGCUCGAGCGGUUGCUAAUAGCGAAGCUGCGUCUUAAAUGUGGUGCCCAUUUCACUGCGAAAGUGGAGGGGAUGGUGAACGAUCUCCAAGUAGCUGCUGGUCUUAUGCGAUCUUUCCAGCAGCAGCAGCAAGAAGAACAGCUGAAGAGAAAGACGGAUGAGCAGGAGUCGAAAGUAAAUGAGAGUGCAUCCAGGAUCAAAGAAUCCGUCUCAUCGGCCACAGUGGAAACUGUGAUGAUAGGUGAUGUAGAAUUUUCGGUGCAGGCCCUAAGCACUGCGCAUUGGCCAACAUAUCCAGCGCCUGACUUGCGCUUGCCGCCUCAAUUGGCCCAAUGCGUCAACGCCUUUGAACAAUUCUACACCUCGCAAACACAACACAGGAAGCUCACAUGGGUCAACUCACUGGGAACUGCGCUUGUGGCUGCACAACUCCAAAAUCGCCAAGACCUCAUAUGCAACACGAUGCAGGCAGCUCUACUUCUAAGGUUCAACAGAAAACAAGACGACGGCUGUGGUCGCACCAUAUGCUGCGCCGGCGAUCCUGCUUUGUCGGUACAGCAGCUUGUGGAAGAGCUACGCCUUGACGAGUUGACAGUGAAGAAGCUGCUGGGGUCACUUAUGCUUGGCCGUUUUAAGAUACUCAAGAAAACUGAGAGCGAUCUCUUCCAGGUUAAUGAAAGCUUUUCAUGCCUCCACCGGAAGAUCAAGUUACCUACUCCUGUGCAAGAGGAAGCACAGUGCCGGGCACGUGUUGAGGAGGACAGGUCCAUCACUGUUGAUGCGGCCAUCGUGCGCAUUAUGAAGACACGCAAGAGCCUGUCGCACCAGCAGCUAGUAGGCGAGGUUAUGGCCCAGCUGCACUUCUUCCAGCCGCCUCCUAAGCUACUGAAGGAAAGAAUACAGGACCUGAUCGCCAGAGAGUUCUUGGAGCGGGACAAAGACAAGCCAACCCAAUACAAUUACGUUGCAUGA